UGCUCAGUGCUGUGCGCACGGAGCCCCGUCCCCGCUAUUUUCGCUUCGUCUCUGCUGUUUCUCUGUCAUCCCCUUUCCUCCAUCACUUCCUCCUACAUUAUAAUAGUUUCACUGUGCUUGCCUGCGGUCGGCUAACUAGGAAGCGUGGGGAGCGUGGCUCUUCACUUUCGUAUGAUAGAGAGGAGGUAUGGCGGAGAGGACUGUCAUUAUUCAGAAAACAACAGCCAAAGCAUAUUAAUCCAAAACAAGCAACUGGGACGACGAAAGAUUCGAUAACUGCAAAAUGGCAACAACUACUUAUUCUGGAUUAUGGUCGUGACAUGUUCUGAACUCUGCGCGAAGUUUUAAUGUCAUGCAUAUUUACUUUGUUUUUGGUGCACGGUAAGGACGGUUUUCCAAACCGCUAUUUUGCGUCGCUGUCAGUUACUUUUAUUCAUUGACAUUUUCAACAUGUCAUUGGAAAUCGUAUAAUUUCCACUUUUGGUAUUUUUCUUUUAAACAUUGUCCUGGGCUGGGUGGUCGUGUACUUCUGUCCCUUUGCGUUUUAAAUCUGGCACACUCACUGACCGCCGCCGUGCUUCACGAGCCCUUUAAUAAUUCAGUGUAAAUCUGUGGACGUGUGUUGGCACCCGCAACCGAUAUGGGGGCUAAGCAGAGCAGCCCAGCCGCUAACGGACGGACCAGGGCUUACUCGGGCUCGGAUCUACCUUCGAGCACCUCUACUACCAGCAAUGGGAACGGUAGGACUGCAGCCAUGGGAAUGAGCUAUCACGCGUACGGCCCGUCGGCUCACGGGGCCUCGGGAACCACAGCGACCUCCAGCCAACACAUUGGCCCCAGGACGAGGUCCGUGGGAGGCAGUUCUGGAGGGUCAGGGACAAGACCCCAGUCAGGCAUCAACAUCCCCAACAGCAGUGGAGCCUACAGCUCGCAGGAGUCUGGCAGCAGCACCCCGGAGGAGGCAGAAAGGGACAGGUCCAGCGGGGGGCAAGGGGGACCCCGGUUGUUGAUUGGAUCGUUACCAGCACACCUUUCGCCUAACCUCUUUGGAGGCUUCAAGUGCCCUGUCUGUUCCAAGUUUGUCUCCACUGAUGAGAUGGACCUACACCUCGUCAUGUGCUUGACCAAACCCAGAGUGACGUAUAACGAGGACGUCCUGAGUAAGGAUGCAGGUGAAUGUGCAAUCUGCCUAGAGGAGCUGCUACAGGGGGACACCAUUGCUCGCCUGCCCUGUCUCUGCAUAUACCACAAAGGCUGUAUUGAUGAGUGGUUUGAGGUGAACAGAUCGUGUCCAGAACAUCCCUCAGACUAAAAGGGCCUCGCUACUUCUCCACAGGUUUCUUACUCCCUCGAUAAGAAGAGUGAUCUGCUCCAAUAACAACAGUUCUCAAUGUGAAUCCCCUCCCCUUCCCCGUCGCCUAGGAGACUGCUGGACAGACACACUGUGACUCUAUGGCCAGUACAGAACUGACCCCUCACCCUGACCUACCCCUCUACCCCCACCACCUCCAGUACCUCUCAACAGCCCUCAACACAUCUCAACUCAAACCAGUCAAGUACCGCAGUGUGCCAAAACUCAUUAAAAGCAAUCUUCAGGGAAACUACAUUUAAUGCUGAUCUAUCUAUUUAUCUCCACACACACACAAUAUGCUCCAAGACAAGACCAGACAGACACAGACACACACACUCACAAAUACACACUCACAAACACAACCAACCUCUGAUUUGUCCUCACAGACAGACAGACCGACAGACAGACAGACAUGCUUAUCUGCCAACCUGAUGUUGAGGGGAAGACACAACACCUCUGUUGCACAACUAUCCAAUCAGGAAAAGCUGUUGCUCUCAACACGC